AUGGCUGAUAUAGACUGUUGGAGUGAAGAGGAGGCCGCAGAGACAGUGUUGAAAUGCUUGUACACAGACUGCCUCAGCCAUUUCAACAAACUCUGCGAUGCUAAUCAGUCAGCUUGCCUUGAUAAACCGUCCAUAAUCGCACCCACAGAGACCUGGCUCACACCAGAUGUCUCUGACGCGGAGGUCUCGAUAGACGGUUACUCUAUUUUACGAGCUGACUCAAAACGAGGGAGGGCUGGUGGAGUUGCUCUGUACUUACAUGCGGCCCUACCAAUCCCGAUUGUCCUCUCUGACACCAUCCCUGCACCCUUUUGCGAUGCACUGUGGGUCCAAAUCCCGCUUCGCGGGUCCGAUUCUCUUCUUCUCGGCGUGGUCUACCGUAGCCCUUCGAGUCCCCCUGAAGAUCACCAAUUCCUCAUACAAACCCUUUAG